ACACGUUCUGCUUUCGGAUAUCACGCACACAAUAAGGCUGUUUUGCUUAUACUGCCUUUUUAAAUAUGAGUUUGUAUUUGGAGCAAAGUGCAUGUAUGGGCAGUUGAGUGCACCCCUGGUAUUAAUGAUUAGACCAUAGUAACAGAUUCCUAACAUGUUGGCCCUGCUGGGGGACAUGGUAGUAGUUAAUUCAGCCCCACAGCAGUGCUUUGUGUGCCACUUACAAUAUGAAAAGCAAGGAACUUCCUCUAUGGAAGUGAGAGCAUUCAAAGUCUGUGGAAGAUUGAUCGCUUAUCUGCAUGUGACGGGAAGUGGAGCAGAGAAAUCUUCUAAAACCUGGGCUGGCAAAAGCUUGUGAACAACCUGCUCAUCUGGUCUGACUCAAAGGGAAGUGGGCUGUGUUUGGAGAGGGACACACAGAGAGAGAGAGAGAGAGAGAGAGAGAGAGAGAGAGAGAGCAGUGCCUGAGGUAUCUGUGAUGUCAGAGGAGAGGGGGUGGUUAAGGGGCGUGGCCUGCUCAGCUGAAACUCUUGCAACACCUAUCUGGCUCCCUGAGAACAGACAAGAGAGAGUAUUGUUCGAGGAAGGACUAGCCCUGUGGGAAACUCUAAAGAUUCAAUACAAACCGGAGGGAAUCCAGCAGGGAUUUAAAAACCAAAAAACCACGUUGUAUCAGUGGAAGCAGUUAGAGAAUCUGUAUUUCCGCGAGAAGAAAUUUGCUGUGGAAGUGAACGACCCGCACAGAAGGACAGUGACCAAGCGAACGUUCGGACAGACCGGUCUGGUUAUUCACACGUGGUAUGCCAGCCAUUCUCUGAUUAAAACCAUCUGGGUGAUGGCCAUCAGUCAGCACCAGUUCUACCUGGACAGAAAGCAAAGCAAAUCACAGAUGACCACAACCCGGAGUUCAGGAGACAUCGCCAUGGACCUCACGGAGAUCUGCGCCCCGCGGAUCAUCAAACUCUCCAGCUUAGAGAACCAGCUCAUUAUGGCCAGCAACGGGAGCCUCAUCUCAGCCGGUUCCGCUGACUCUGAAGUCACAGAUGAACAGAAGAAAGACAAGGUUGUCGAUUUGAAAAAUAAACAGAAGAACCUCCAAGAGACGCUGAAAGAGAAACUUGAGGAACUGAAGAAGAUCUGCUUGAGAGAAGCAGAGUUAACAGGCAAGUUGCCCAAAGAGUAUCCCUUGGCAACAGGCGAGAAGGCUCCUCCCGUACGCCGCCGCGUCGGGACAGAGUUCAAGCUUGAUGACCUUUUCCCCUACGAUGAGGUUGGUGUUUCGUUGUGAUGUAUCAGUGUUAUAUAAAGUCACUCUUUGUGGA